AUGGCGCUUCUUCGCGAAUCUUGUGUCUGGCUUGCUUUGGCUGCCGCUUGGGAGGGCGCCUGUCCUGCCGCUGUGACCUGCAAGUGCCUCUUCGAUGUGGGUACUGUGCAAGCGGGAGCAGUAUCGCAACUCAUGCGCUACCGCGUGAAGCAUGAUGAUUCAUGCCCCAUUACCUCUUCACAUGGGCACAGUAUAAGCAGCAACACACGAGCUACUCCAAACGCUCUCAGCACUCAAAUCAUCUCCGUCUGGGAUGCACAUGCAUAUGCUGUCGCCCACGCCGAUUCUGUCGGGGCUCUGCCGACAUGGGUGUGUCUCUGGGCCAUUCAAUUGUUUGGCCAGCCCUACGGGCUGCAGGAAAUGAUCGGAUCGUGGGGCGGUGGGAGGCACGGCACAGGACGCACUCUGACGACGUUGGGGUCAGGUUUGAUCGGUUACAUCAUGGAGGCAUCUGGGCUCCCUCACAACAAAUCAAGAAACCGCUCGCUUGGAAUGGGUGUGACCAAGGAGCGAACCCCUGCCCAAGCCUCGGGAGGGCCUGGAGUGACUGCACUCGAGCCCUCAUUGGACGAGCCAGGCGGUAAAGCGCUUGAAUCUCUAUUGCGGACUGGGGUGUUCUAUUCUUGA